AGUGUCAGUGAUUAAAAUCAUUUUUGGAUUGCCUCUACAUUGCUCAAAGAACAUAGAGAAGUACAAGAACAUAGGAAAAAAAGUAAUUGAAUAUUUCCAGUAUGAUGGUCUAUGGAGUUGAAUCAAAUGCCUGUGAUUAAGAGCAGAAACUAAAAAAUUCAGCAAAGCUACUGGUAUUUUUCAAUUAAAAACAUUUCUUGUGUGGCAGCGAAUAGCAUCUAAAGGCUGAAAUGAACAUCAUUUUGGCUGUUGCAAAUGCCCAAGGCUACCUUUGUAAAGGAAAAAAAACUCCAAACAAUGCAUCUGAUACAUUUACAAUGAAGGACAAAUCUUCAAAAGAAGCCGAGGAAGCUUAUACCUUUAUUUUCAUUGAAGCUGCACAAUAUGCAAAAGAUACAGGUGCAGUGUCUCUCUAACUAAUCAUGAACAAUUACACCAUGGUAACUGAAUUCAUUCUUCUUGGGCUAACAGACAAGGUGGCAUUUGAAGGCCCUCUCUUCAUGAUAUUUUUUCUGAUUUAUUUUCUGACAUUGGCUGGGAACAUGUGGAUGGUUGUAUUGAUCAAAAUCAGUCCCCGGCUUCAUACCCCAAUGUACUUCUUCCUCAGCAAUCUGUCUGUAGUUGAUGUCUGCUACUCUUCCAUCUUUGCACCAAGACUCUUGAUGAAUUUAGCACAAUUUAAAACUAUUUCAUAUGCUGGAUGCAUCACCCAACAUUGCUUUUUUGUCAUCUUUGUGAGUACUGAGGGCUUUCUGCUUGCAGUAAUGGCAUAUGACCGCUAUGUAGCCAUUUGUAAGCCAUUGCUCUAUACCACUAUGAUGACCAAAAGGGUCUAUGUCCUGCUAGUAGCAGGUUCAUAUCUAGGUGGAAUAGUGAAUUCCCUCACCCACACUUCUGGCUUGCUUAUGGUGUCAUUCUGUGCCCCAGGUGUAAUUAACCACUUCUUCUGUGAUACACCAGCUAUGUUGAAAGUUUCAUGCAGUGCUACCCAUAUUAAUGAACUUAUAUUGGUCACCUUCUCUGGAAUAAUUGCUCUUUCUACUCUUCUGAUAAUUAUAAUCUCCUACCUGUGUAUCUUGACUAGCAUCAUAAAGAUGCAUUCUUCUGAGAAUAGAUACAAAGCUUUUUCCACCUGUGCUUCCCACCUAACAGCAGUCACCAUGUUCUAUGGGCCAGUUAGUUUAACCCAUUUGCAACUCAGCUCCAUGCACAUUCAGCAACAAGAGAAGAUCUCGGCUGUGUUCUACACUCUGAUAGUCCCAAUGCUGAAUCCAGUGAUCUACAGUUUGAGGAACAAAGAGGUAAAAGAUGCCUUGAAGAAAGUGAUUAAUUGUCAAAAAGAAUAA